AUGAACUCUCCUUCAAAGGAGAAUCAAAGAACACUGGCUGUUGCACCAGCGGACCCGGUGUUGAGCUCUAGAUACAAUCGAGCGAACUCCGCGUCGACUCUUGCAUCGUAUAACACCAGGAAGAAUAGCCCUCGCGUUACUCCGUUUGCCAACGCGCCAAGCUCCGCUACGAAAAGAGCAUCCCCGCGGUACAGCCAACCCCUUGGAAAUGGUCGUCGCGGGUCCGCUCAGUACGCUGAUUUGCAGUCAUCUCCGCUGCCACCGCAGGCGUCGAGUGGCGUACGGUCCUCUAUCUUCGGUUCCGGCGCGGUCGCGUGGGGCUCGUCUCUCCGCGUCGGUUCUGCACGCGGUCACACGGCGUCUGCUCCUCUACAGCGCACCGUGUCGGCGACCGGUGUGGAGAGGCGGUGCAAGUACGUUGUGGCGACAAUGAAGCACUGCGGCUCCAUUUAUGAAGAGAUGACGAAGCAGCUGCUGGCCACGGGGCGGUGGUCGCACAUCAACGUACGUCAACGAUCCAUCACGAAAGCUCUCGUUGUAUCGGAGACGCAGUGCGACCUGGUCGACACCAAUGUGCACCUGCUGCUCGGCGAGAAGAUGCCGUGCGAGCGUGUCAUCUCCACCCGACGCGAGGCCGCCAAGCGUUUCCAGAGCCGUCUCAACGAUCUGGGUAACGGCAGGCGCUCCGGCUAUGGCCCGAGGCAGUACGGAUCGUUAGGCAUUCGCAUGCCCAUGGGCAACGGCGACGACGGUGAACCACGUCUGGUCGACUUUGUGGAGAACACCCGCAGCAUAACGCUGAAAAGUGCAAUGGUGACGAAUUUGUUGAAACACCACUAUUACGACUGGGGAGCGCUGGGGGAGUACCUUCCCAUGUCCUUCAAACUGCUCCCACGGCAGGCCACCCGUGAUGACCGCCACGCGCUGCUUGCCACGGCAAAGCGCGACUUUGUGCACACCCGUGGGGGCGAGAAGAAGUCGUGCAUGUGGAUCACCAAGAGCUCGGCAGGGUGCCACGGCGACAACAUUGAGAUCUUCUGCGGCGACCAAGUUGGCCUAACGAAGCUGUUGCGCUUCGUCGACAGCCAACGUGGAGGCCAGCCGUGGAUAGCCCAGCAGUACAUUGACCGCCCUCUUUUGUACCACAAGCGCAAGUUCGACAUUCGUUGCUGGGCACUGCUGCUGCGCGACAGGUACGAGAUAUAUGUGUACGACGAGCUUGUAAUGCGCACGAGUAGCGUUCCGUACAAUCGCGACACAGCGACGUCCAGGACUGCGAAUGGCCGGCUUGCGCACAUCACAAAUCAUUGCGUGCAGGAAACUGGAGCUGCCUACUCACUUUACGAAGAUGGUAAUGAGCUUUGGCGGGAACACCUGGAUGGACUUGUACGUUACAAAGGCACCUUCAAGAGCGAGAAGCUGAAACAAACGAAGUGCCUGCCGGGGCGAAGUCCGCGAUCGCAGGAGCCUAACGCAAGUGAAGCUCUCUAUUCCACCACCUCUUCUAUCGAGACCAGAAUUUCGCCGUACCCGAUACGUGAGGUGAAGCGUGGAGAAGGCUCGAGGAGCCCUGCACCCACGAGCGCCCGAGACGCGUCGUCACCGAUAACACUGGACAACCACGUCAUGCCACAAAUCCACGCCAUUGUUAAAGAUACACUUUUUGCGGCAAAGGCUCACGUGCCGGACGAACCUGUCGUACCUCCGACGCACACGUUCCAGGUGUUUGGGUACGACUUCCUCAUUGACGAAGACCUGAAAGUGUGGCUUUUGGAGAUCAACGGAGCCCCGGGCGGCCCUGACCGACUUAAAUCUGCUAUGAUGAAAGACACGAUUGAGAUCGCUGUCGCGCCUUUCUUCCCGGGCACAAUGAACCUGAAGACAAAGCGUCACAACGGCUAUGUGCGCAUUCACCCCUGA